UGAGUGAAUGAAGUCAGACUGUAGAUUUUCCUUCUUCUAGCUGUGCUGACUGACCUUUGACCUCAUGUGUUGAUGACUCUUCACCUCUGUCUCCUCUCACAGGGAGAAGAUGAUCUGCAGGAUCCUGCUGCUCAUCAUCCUCACCUCAUGUGUCUCUGGAUCAUUUGUAGUCAAUGUGACACAGACCUCCUAUCAGGCAGAGGAGAACCACAACAUCACACUGGAGUGGACGUUCACCACCAAACCUGACAGAUCCACCAAAACUCUCAACAUCCUCUGUGAACUCUUCAUCAGUGAUACAUCCUCAGUCCUGUAUCAUGUUCAUGAAGGUGUUGAGGUGUCAGAGUCUCAGGAUGAAAAGUUUUCAGGACGAGUCCAGAGUGACAAAGACGCCCUCAGAGAAGGACGAAUCAGACUUCAACUGUCCAGACUCAGGACUGAUGACUCGGGUCUGUACCUGUGUGAGGUCAACACUGAUUAUGGCUUCAGUGUUGGAAGAUGUCGACUCAAUGUCACUUGUUUUCAUACGUCCAACCUUCAGACUGUGAGUCCACAACCAGAGAGCAGAGAAAGCCAGCAUAUUGUUGGAUUGUCACUGGUAUUAUCAGUACUAGCUCUAGUGGUCAUCUGUGCUGUGCUAUGUUUAGUUGGCAUUAGAAAAAGGAAACAAACAUUGACAAGUGUUUCAGAAAUGAAACCAAUCAGGACUUAGAGAACCUUUUCUUUGGUCCUCCAAAAAAAUGGUCCUCUAAGUCCCCUGUAAGGAAAUCAUGCAUUAGUUGCU